AUGACGCAGCAGAAAGACACAGCGCUCGCAAAACAAUCGCGACGCUCCAUGGCACAGCUACUCGAACAAGGCAAGAUCGAAUCGGCCAAAAUCCGCAUCGAGAACAUCAUCCGCCAAGACAUCACGACGGAGCUGCACGAGAUCCUCGAGCUGUACUGCGAGCUGCUGCUCGCGCGGUCGCAGCUGCUCGACCCGCCGGGCUCCGGGUCGCCGCUGCUCCGCCCCAACUCGCCGUCACACUCCGCUCCGCAAUGCGACCCGGGCCUCGAGGAGGCGGUGCGCAGCCUGAUCUACGCCGCGCCGCGCACCGAGGUCAAGGAGCUGCACGCGGCGCGCGCGCUGCUGGUCGAGAAGUUCGGCAAGGACUUUGCGCUCAGCGCCAUGGAGGGCGAGGGCGUCGCCGAGCGCGUCCUGAACAAGCUCAAAGUCGAGACGCCCGCGGCCGCCCUCGUCGACGCGUACAUGCGGGAGAUCGCGCGUGCCUACGGCGUGCAUGUGCCGGGUGAACCUGAGGAGGCGGAGGAGGAGGGGGACGGCGCGGAUGACGACGACGACGAGCCGGGCGACGGUGAAAAGGUGAAGGCAUUAGAGGCGCCGCUGGAGACGGAGGAUCUGACAAAGGCCACGCCACCAAAGAAGCUGGGGCCCGCAAGCCCGUUGAGAAUCGCGCCGCCAAGUCCGAGCUCGGAAAAUGUGGCGCCGAAGGUCAAGCUUCCGGGGCCACCGGAAUUGAAGCCCGGCGGGAAGUUGAAGAAGGUGGAGGAAGAGGGUAAGAAGAAGAAAGACGAUGGGCCGGGAGGGAAGAUACCCGAUGUCGAUGAGUUGGCGAAGAGAUUCGCCGCGUUGAAGAGGUAG